AUGUUCUUGGGAGUUGAAUCAUUUGCCCCUAAAGGACGUUUGGCACAUUCUUCUAUCCUUUUGAGAGAUAAGCUUUAUUAUUUUGGUGGAUCAGAUAAAGAUAUUCAAUCUGCAAAAGAAUUAUUUUAUCUUGACGUAUCUCAACCAUUUGAUAAACCAAACAUACCUUGGGUUUUCCUUACUAGUAUUCCCUUUGGAAGUAUAUGGUCAACUGUUUCAUUAAAUGGUAUAAAUAACGAUUCAAAUAUUUAUUUAUUUGGAGGCAUGAUGAUUGAUGAUGAUUAUAAAGAUUCAUUUACUUCAGUUAUCCAUCAAUUUAAUGUAAAUUCCUCAACGUGGAGUAUACCUUCUGUUAGCGGAAUUGCACCUGAAAGACGAAGAGAAAUAAAGGCUGUUGGUAAUAAUGGAAGGCUAUAUAUUUUUGGUGGGAACACAUUUCCGACAACAGGUUCACCCACAUUCAAGUUUUUUAAUGAUAUGGUCAUAUUUGAUACUAUCGGUUUAUCAUGGACAAAUAUUUCUUCAGUUGAUGCACCUAGCAAACGAGCUUUAUAUACUGCAACAUUAUUAACGAAUGGUUUCAUUGUAUAUAUUGGAGGAAACAUUACAAAAUAUUAUUCUGAACCUUUAAGUCUUCGUAACUCCGAUAUUUAUAUUAUGGAUAUAAGAAACUUUACUUGGGUGAAUUCAUUUGAUAUAGCCGAAUUUAAAAUCGAUACGCCUAAAUCAAAUAAUGUAAUGAAAAUAAUAAUUAUCACAAUUAGUUCAAUGAGCAGUAUUGGUAUUCUUUCUAUUUGUGGGAUUUUAUUUUACAGAUGGCAAAAAAUCAGAAGAGAAAACCAUGCUUUUGAACAAAAACAUAUACAAAAUGCAGUUAAUAAUAACGUUAUAGGUUAA